AUGACGGCGAACGCCUGGGGCGAGAACGCGCGGCUCACGGAGCUGCUGUGGCUGUGCACGGCGGACUCGGGCCUCUCGGGCUUCGUCGGCGACGACCAGGCCGCGCUCGGCGACCGGGCCGGCCCGACGCGCUGGGAGCCCGGGCAGCACGGCCGCUACGCGAAGCUCAUCGCGGACCAGAAGACGAUCACGCGGCGGCGGCGGCCGAGCCGCGCGAAUUUACCCGCCGCGGGCGGCGGGCCCGCCGCGGCGAAAGGUUCGCCGCUCGCGCUCUCGGGCUGGCUCGACGAGUCCGGCGCGUCGCCGCCGCCCGUGUCCGCGCGGCGCAUCCUCGACACGUCGCCGGCGCACAGCACCAUAAAGAAAGCCCACGCCGCCGCCGCCGUCGAGGCGGCCGCGGCCGCGAUGGGCGGCGACGACGGCGGCGACAGGCCGCCGUCCAAGUUCGAGCAGCGCCAGAGCCGCAAGUCGAAGAUCCGCUUCAUGGGCAAGGUCGUCGUCAACCUGAAGAACGACCGCGCGGACAAGGCGUCCAUCGAGGCCCUCCGCGGCGCGUCCUUCGACGCGACGGCGUCGCAGUCGCAGUCCGGAGAUCUGCCGACGAUGGACCCGAAGCUCCUGGACAGCCCGCGGUCGCCGGCGACGCCGAACACGCCGUCGGCGACGCCCGCCGACGAGAAGGUGCGGAGUUUUUCCAGUAGGCGGCCCUCGGACUUUAGCGGCGACGCCUGGAGCCCCGCGUUCUCGGAGCACUCCGCGUUGUACGCGGCGUUCACGCCGGCGAUCCUGCACCGGCGCCUCCUCCAGAACUACAUGGCCGAGCUCGACAAGACGCGGAGCCACAACGAGGCGGUGAUCCGGCGCAGCUCCCAGGGCGACAGCUUCGACGCCGCGCCGGGCGACAGUUUCGCGGCUUUAUCGGACGCGCUGACGCGGAGCUCCUUCGAGGCGACGAGCCCCGGCGCCGAGGGUCGCCGCGACAGCGCGAACCUGCGGCAGAUCUGGGCGGACCGCGGCAGCGGGAGUUCUUUCGUAGCGUUGAGCCGCAUGAGCGAGACCAUCGACGCCAUCGAGUCGCCGCGGCGCUCCGAGGCGACGGCCGGCCCGAAGCGGCGCGACUCCUUCGCGGACAUGGAGCGUCUCGUGACGGCGCCGCCGGACGCGACCGUGGCCGUCGACGCCGACGCCGUGCUCGCGCCCAUGGUGUUUCCCUUGGCCGGGGCGCUCUUCUUCGUGGACAUCUCCGGGUUCACGAAGCUCAGCGGCCGCCUGAGCGCGGACGAGCUCAAGUACCACUGCAACGAGUACUUUGGCAUGCUGCUGGGCGUCAUCGCGCGCCACGGCGGCGACGUCAUCAAAUUCCUAGGGGACGCGUUUUUUGUUUUAUGGCCCGCGGCGCCGGACGCGCCGGAGCUGACCAAGGCCGCGAACGCGUGGCGCGCCGCGCGAUGCGCGGUGGACGUCAUGCGGUCCUGCUCGACCUACGACUGCGGCAGCGGCUCGUCGGCCGUGAGUCUGCGGCUGCACUGCGGCUUGGGCGUCGGCAUCGUCAACGUGUUCGUGGUCGGCGCGGACGAGCGCUGGGAGCUCGUCAUCGCGGGCGACCCGAUACGGCAAUUGGCGGAGACGGAGGGCGAGGCGGACCGCGGCCAGGUCGUCGUGUCGCCGGAGGUGCAGCGCCUGUUGAGCAUGGGACACGUGCCCUACCCCGUGCCCCUCGAGCGGACGGACGGCGGCAACUACCAGCUCCGCUGGGCGGCCGAGGACGACCGGCCCAAGGACGACAAGGCCUUCGACGACGACGCCGCGCCGGCGGAGCCGGAGGAGAAGAAGAAGCGGGAGAAGCGGCCGUCGCUGACGGACCGCCUCUUCGGGAGCGCCGGGGCGCCGCCGCCGGCGCGCGAGCGGCGGCCGUCCCGCGCGGCCGUGUCGCUCGACGGCGAGCCCGCGGCGCCGUCGCCGUCGACCAAGGCGAACCGCACGAUGAUGUUCGGCUCCAACGCGAGCUUCGACGACGGGGACCUGACCGCGGGGCCGCCGCCCGAGGGCCGGCGCUCCAUCUACGAGUACGUCGGCCCGAACAACAACAGCAACGCCGCGGAUUCCGUCAGGCCCCAGGCGGACCGGAAGAAGCGCAAGUCCAUCUCGUCCCUGCUCCUCGUGCAUCCGCCCAAGACCGUGGAGACGUCCUCCCCGGACGCGGGCGGCGGCACCCUCGUCUACGUGCCCAGCGACCGCGCGGCGUUCCCGCCGCAGACGUGCGAGCAGGCGCGCGGGUCCGUCCACCAGAUCGUGCGCCGGGGCGCGUGGCAGCUCGACCCCGUCGCCAUCGGCGGGCCCGACGAGCACGACUUCGCCGCCAUCGAGCUGGCCCAGAAGAUGCGCGCGGCCUACUCUUCUUUUGUACGACCGGUGGCGCGGUCGCUCCGCGCGUUCGUGCCCGAGGCCGCGCGGUCGCAGCUCAACGCGGGCACGCCGGGGCUCCUCGGCUCUAUGAGGGAUGUCGUCACGGUCUUCGUGGACGUCAUGGGCCUCGAGGACGCGCUGCGCGCGGGCGAUUUGGGGCCCGUGCAGGCGGCCAUGGAGGCCGCGACGCACGCGUUCAAGCACUACAAGGGCAUGCUCCGCCAGUUCGCCGUCGACGACAAGGGCUGCGUCUUCAUCGGCGUCUUCGGCGUGCCCCAGCACGCCCACGAGGACGACGAGGCGCGCGCCGUGGGGGCGGCGCUGCGCGUGCUCGCGUCGCUCGCGACGCUCGGCGUCGACGCGCGCGCGGGCAUCGCGGCCGGGCGCGCGUACUGCGGCCUCGUGGGCACGGCCGCGCGGUCCGAGUACGCGGUGCUGGGCAGCUCCGUCAACCUCUCGGCGCGCCUCAUGUCCCACGCGCCGCCGAACGUGCUUUUAGUAGAAAGAAACGUCCGCGACGGCGCGAUCAAGUCCGGCGGCUACGCGUUCCACGAGCGGGGCACGAUCCAGGCCAAGGGCUACGACCUGCCCAUCGCCGUCUUCCGGCCGGAGAAGGAGGUGGCGACGAGUCGGGCCGCGGAGAAGGCCGCGAAGCGCGCGCUCGGGGAACGGGUGCACCUGUCGCCGCGGUGGCGCGUCGCGACGGUCGGGCGAAGCUCGGAGCGCCGCCACUGCCGCGACGUCCUCGCGGAGCUCCGGAGCUCGCGGUCCAAGGCGACGCCCGUGGUGACGUUCCUGUUGGGCCCCCGGGGCUUCGGGAAGACGCGCCACCUCCAGGAGGCGUUGGCAUUGGCGGACCAGCAGGGGACGCGAACCCUCGAGGCUUCGGGCAAGAAGGGCAACGUCUUCGGGUUCUUGCUGCGGACGCUCCUCUCGGAGACGGCGGCCCUGGCGUCGCCCGACUCGUCGAAGCGGAGCCUGUCGCCGACGCACGGCAAGGUCGUGCUCGCGCCCAUCGACACGGCGUCGCCCGCGAGCCCCGCGCGGCCCCUGGGCCCCCGGCCGACGAAGCGGAGCUUCGGCCUGCGCAAGCUCGAAGAUCUGCUCGCGGCGGCCGGCGGCGACGCGUCCGCCGCGCCCCUGGUGCAAGCGUUGGUCGCCGCGGGGCCCGACGACGCCGUCGCCGGGUCGCGCGACCUCGGCGACGCCGUCGCGCGACUCCUCGUGAAAGCCGCGCGGGACCGGUCGCUGCUCGUCGUCGUCGACGACGCGCAGGCGUUCAGCCCCCGCGACUGGGCGACGCUCGUCGCAGUUGUCGAUUUAGCCGCGGCGUCGGAGACGCCGGAGAGCGGCCGGCUUCGAGUGCUGGCGGGCGCGCGGCCGCUGGGGGCUCUAACGGGCGCGACGGCCGACGCCUACGGCGCGCUGAAGCAGCUGCUGCGGGGCGGCGAGGGCGGGCUGCGGGCGCGCACCUUCGCGCUGAAGCCGUUAAACCCGCGCGAGGCCGCGGACUUUGCGCGCGACGUCUUCUUCGGCGCGCCGGAGCAGGACGGCGCGCCCGUUUCCCCUUCGUCCCCCAAGAAGCGGAGUCUGACUGUUGACGACCCGGACCCGGCCUUCGCCGAGGAGCUCGCGAAGAAGACGGGCGGCGACCCGCACAAGGUGCUGCACGUGGCCCUCGUGCUGAAGCAGCGCCUCGGCGGCGAGUCGCUCGCUAGGAGCGCGUUCCCGGGCGCCGCGUGCGCGGCCGAGGUCGCGUCCAUGCCGUCCAACGCCGUGCAGCUCGACCUGCGGCGCAUGGUCAUCGCGCGCUUCGACGCGCUGAGCCAGCUCGAGCAGGCCGUGCUGAAGUCCGCGUCGGUGCUGGGCCGCGACUUCUGUUUCAGCGCGCUCCUCUACCUCUUCAGGCAGCAGACGCACGAGGCGUCCGAGGACUCCAUGAUCGCCAAGGGCGACGUCGACGUCGGCAACGACCGGGCCAUCUCUUCCUCGUUACGCUUCGCGCUCGUGGGCAUCAUCGAGCACAACUUCGUGCGCAAGCGGCCGAGCCCCGGGGGGGACGCGUUCGGGGGCGCGUUCGCGUUCGUCAAGGACACGGUCCACGUCGACAUCUACGAGCUCAUGCCCGUCCUGACGCGCCAGAAGCUCCACGGCUUCGCGGCGGCGUGGACCCUCGAGCGGGCGCCGAAGCCCGGCGCGCGCGAGCUCACGGAUUUGGUCCAUCACUGCCUCAACUCUGGCCGAAGGCACGCGGCGCUCGAGCACCUCGUCGCGCUCGCCGCGGGCGCGCGCGCGGACCCGCGGCGCCACGACGAGGCCGUGCUGGCCUACUCGCUGCUCGUGCAGCUCUGUCUGAGCGUCGACGCCUUCGAGCUGCUGGAGGCGCGCGCCGCGGGGCCGCACGCCGCUGAGGCGUUCCUCGCCGAAACGGAUACCGGGCCCUUCGACGCGGCCUGGCGCGACACGGACGAGUUCCGCCCGCUGCGCCUCACGAACCGCGCGGAGGACGCCGGCCCCGCGUCCUGCGGCGAGGAGGAGUCGCCGCUGCGCGUGGGCGCGUGGCUCGCGGCGAUCGCGCAUCUCGAAAGGUCCGCGGGCCGCGUCGCGACGGCGUUCAACACGGCGUCGGCGGCGCUCGUCGUGCUGGGCGACGCGGCGGACGCCGACGGCCACGGCGCCGCCGUGAAGUCGCGGCUCCACGCGCUGCGGAGCGAGCUCUUUCUCGCGCGGGGCUUGGCGGACGACGCGCGCGCGGCCGCGCUCGAGGCGGCGCGGCUCGCGGAGAGCUGCGCGCCGGACCUCGCGGCGCGCGCGAAGCGCACGGGCGAGCCCACGGACGAGGCCGCCCCGGAGGCCGCGGGCUUCGCCCUCUACUCCGCGCGCUUCGACGCCGUCGACGCCGCGCCCGCUCUGCCGCUCCGCGAGCUCCGCGAGGCCGCGGCCGUCGCCCGCGCGCGCCUCGCGGCCGUCCACGCCGCGACGGGCGACGCGAAGCGCGCCGCCGCGACCCUCCGAGUCGCCCGGCGCGACGCGCGUCGCGCGGGCACGCGCCGCGCGGCCGCGGCCGUCGAAACCGCCGCCGCGGCGCACUACGGGUGCCUCGGCGCGUGGGACCGGUGCCUCGACCACGGCGCCCGGGCCGCCGCGGCCCACGAGGCCGCGGGCGAGCCGAACCGCGCCGCCGAGGAGCGCGUCGCGCGCGCGCACGCCCACCUGGCCGUGGGCUGCGCGAACCGCGCGGUCGCCGCUUUACACGCCGUGGCCCUCGCGCAGCAGCGCACGCCCGAGGACACGGCGUCGAGCGUCUUCCUCUGCGCGCCGUCGCCCCUGGUCGCCGCGGCGGCGUCGGCGGCCGUCGCCGCGGCCGCGCUGCUGCGCGGCGAGCGCGCGGCCGCGGCCGCGGCCGCGGCGGCCGCCGCGGGCCAGCGGCUGCCGCGCGACGCGUUGGAGCUCUGGGGCCUGCCCGUCGUCGUCGCCGCGGCGGCCGUCGCCGCGCCGGAGGCCGGCCGCGACAAGGACUUCACGGACCGCGCGGCGCGGUCGAGCGCCGCGCCCCGGGAGACGCGCGCGUUCUACCUCCGCGCGCUCCGCGACGACUGGGCCGACGCGCGCGCGCGCGCGCCGUGGACGACGGACGACGCCGAGGGCGCCGGCGGCGCGCCGACGCCCCGGGCCCAGCUCGUCGAGGCCGCCGUCGCGCUGGCCCUGGCCCUGGACGGGGCGCCGCCGCCGCUCGCGGCCGCGUGCGCGGCGUACCGCGCGCUCGCGGUCGGCCGCGUGCUCCGCGCGGGCGGCCGCGACGUCGAGGCGCGCGUGCUGCUCGGCCGCGCGCUCGCGAAACUGCCGCCGAACCCGCGGGGGACGCGGGCCCUGGGCGUCGACCCGUCGGCCUACGGCCGCUGCCGGCUCCGCGUCGCGCUCGACGAGGCCGCGCCGCCGGGCGCCGCCGCGAGCCACCACGACGCCCUCGACGAGCUCGCCGCCGUCCUCGGCGACGACGCCGACGUCGACCUCGACCUCGACGCCGAGGAGGACUUCGGCUACGGGCGCUACCGGCGCUCGCGGCGCCGCGGCGCGGCCCUCGCGGGCCUCUGCGCCGCGACCUCGGCGCGCACGCGGCCGCACUGA